CUUAUGUCAAACGAGAGAAGCGAAACUGAACCGCGGUGGCAACGAGAUGGAACAAACUUGAUUCUAAAACUAUAAAUUACUAAGAACAUUUUGCUUCUUUGAAUUACCAGUCACUGUUCCUAGUUCUGUAUCAAACAAUCUUUUACAAUGGCAGACAGAGACCUCACCAUGGGACCCCGAGAAGGUGUAACUUAUCCAAUAAAGGUGCAGUAUUGCGGAAACUGUUCUAUGCCGAUAGAAUACUGUGAAUAUUAUCCUGAAUAUGAUAAGUGUAAGCAGUGGCUCGAGAAGAAUUUGCCCACUGAAUUUGAAAAAGUAAAAAUAGAUGAAGAAGAAAAUGCAGGUGGUGAAGAAGAAAAGAAGCGUCAAAAGCGCGGAGGAAAGGGAAUGCUGAAGUCCAAGAAGAAAGAGGAUGUCCCCAAGCUGGUGCAGGUGUCGCGCGCCCCACGCGGCAAGAAGAAAUCUGUCACUGUUGUCUCUGGUUUAAGCACCUUUGAUAUUGAUCUCAAAGUGGCAGCAAAAUUCUUUGGUACCAAAUUUGCUUGUGGGUCGUCAGUUACUGGAGAUGAUGAGAUUGUCAUACAGGGAGAUGUGAAGGAUGAUCUCUUUGAUAUUAUCCCUGAAAAGUGGCCAGAGAUUGAUGAAGAUAGCAUCGAAGACCUGGGAGAUCAGAAAAGAUAGUCACAAUUUUAGUAUAACUACUACUAUUUCUGUUUUACGCUUCAGAUUUUAUAUACAAUUCCACACAUGGACUAACUGCAGUUGAAUAGUGUAAAAUAGAAAUAAAUAUUGUGAAACAUUUUUAUUUAUUUUAUGAGUUUCAUAAUAUGAAUAAAAAUCUAUUGUGUA